AUAAAACAUCGUGAAUAUGUACCAUCACGUCUGCAGUCCCAAAAUAUAUUAUUCGUGAUAAAGUAUAAUCAACUCAAAAGUAAAGAAGUAUAUUAAAAACUAGUUCACAUCGUUGACAAUUUUCUUUAUUUUUAUGGUUUAAAAAACACAAAACAUCCUUAGAUAUUGUAUUUCAGUUCAAAAGACAGUCAGGCAGCGUAGGUUAUUUCCCAAAUAGAACGUCUAUUAAUUUUGUAUGACAGAAAAUAUUAAUAUAGAAAAAAAUUGGUCCUUUAUUAUAUGUAGUUCCUUAUUCGUUCAGCCGUUUCAGUUGUUUGUGAAAUACUUUUUAUUCUCAAUUACAGCAAUAUCAUGGCUUUGGUAGUGAAUUUUUGUGAACAUCUUUAUGAAAAAUUGCCUGAUUUUAAGAGCUUCUUCUUCAAUGUUGUAUUCCGUAAACAAAAUGUGGUGAGUCUCAAAGAACUGGAACAAAAUCCUUCACUCUGUGAGAAGGUUGUUGGCUUGUAUGUACAGUCGGACCUAAAUAGAAACCAAGAAUUCCUUGAAUUACUUGAGAAGUUAGUAAACCUUAAAGUUAUUUCCUUCAUUGGCAUUGGUUUCAAUAGUGUUGAUACUAAAUGGGCUAAAUCACGUGGCAUUAGGAUUGGUCAUAGCACCCAGGAUGGAGUUACUACAGCCAAUUUUGGAAUGGCUCUGUUAUUAGCAAUAUCAAGGAAAAUCAUUCAGUGUGCUGAAUAUUUUCCGAAGACAUUGAAAAAAAGUUUGUAUCCACCAGAACUUUUGGCACAUGACGUCACAGGAAAUGCAAUUGGAAUAAUUGGAAUGGGAACCAUUGGCUACAAGCUGGCAAUCAGAGCUCAUGCUUUUGAAAUGAAGGUGUUGUAUCAUCAAAGAAGGCAAAGGUCCGAAGAAGAAGAAGCAAAUGUGGAUGCUCAGUUUUAUAGUAGCUUGAUGGACAUGUUACCAUUGUGUGACUAUGUUAUGAUUACCUGUGCUUUGACACCACAAACAUAUCAUUUGAUUGGUCACAAGGAACUGGACGUAAUGAAGAAGACUGCAACUUUAAUCAAUAUUGCCAGAGGAGAUAUCAUUGACCAUAGUGCUCUUGUUGAUGCAUUGGAAUCAGGAAGGAUUGCAGGAGCUGCCCUGGACGUCACUACACCUGAACCCUUGCCAGUAGACCACAAACUUUACAACUUCCCAAAUGUUAUCAUUACACCACACUGUGCCUCAAACACAAAAGAGGUAGCAUAUGAAUUGUGUGACACAGCCUUCAAAAACAUGGAGCUUGGUCUCCGUGGUGAACCAAUGUUGUCUGAAGUGAUACUAGACUAGGAGAGACAUUUUCAUCUGCCUUAUUGGUGGUUUUAAAUACAGUAAGAAGAAGAAGAACAAGAACAAGAACAACAACAACAACAAGAACAACAACAACAACAACAAAAACGAUGGCGACGAUGACAACAAAGGCAACGCCGGCAAUGACAACAUCGGUAUGAUAAUAUCCGAGACGCAUGUGUAGGCGUCUUUUAACCAACAGAUGAAAUGAGGGCAUGAGUGAGGCCUUAUUAAUACACAGUGUCCAUAAAUUAUCUUUACAAAUUCGAAAAAUUUAGAAAGAAAUAUAUGGAUAACUCAUCAGGUUAUGUGUAAUCAAUAGAAUCCACGUGAAAGUGUUCUGAUGUUUAUAAUAUUUGUUUGCCGUUGUUUUCCAAUAAAU